GUCACACAGUGUAAAGGUUACAAUUUAUAGCCAACAGAAGUUUAUAUUGGGCGAAGAAAUGGCCGUUUGCGGUAAAAAAUAAUAUUGGUUGCAAAAUAAUGUAACUUAAAUAUUGAGAUGUUGUAGUGGAUCACAAAAUAUAGACUUUUGACAGAGGAAAUGACGCGUCUGUUGUGAGUAAUGAGUAUGAAAGAAUUCUAAAAUAGCACAUUAAAAGAUUGGAUUGGUGAUGGAUGAUGAAUCGCUUCCAUCCUCAAUUUCAAAUGUUCCAGAAUAUAGAGAUGACAAAACUGUUAUCUAUGUCGUUGGUGAUAAAACUGUUAUUAAUGUAAUUUCAAGCCCUGAAGUAGAUGGUAAAAGCCCUGGAAAGGUAGAGGAAGAAUGCCAAAAGAAUUGUACUUCAUCAAACAAAAAUCUGUCCAAGGAUAACGUCAACUGGGUAACCGUUGGAGAAAUAAUCAGGAUAAUUAAGGAACCGGUCGCUUUGUACACUGGUCAGAUCAUAAAAGAAUGGCAUAUGCAACUUUGCAGUGACCUACCCGGGCAAUGCUCAUCUCCUGAUAGUUGCAAAACGAAAAAGAAACCUAACGACCUAUGUUCCUUUUGCAAAAAAUGGUACGACGAGCUUGCCAAAUGCCAUCAAAAAGACGACGAAGGACAGUUCACCAGCACUUGGGAAGAAAAUUGCGACGCAACAAGUUGGCCGAAAGAUCCUUGGGAGGUUGCCAAGUUCUUUAUGCCUGUUCUUGGGGACAAAAGGGUAACCAUCAAAGACGUCGAUUCCACUGACUUAUCUUCUCUUUUGGAUGUCCUUUCGCGGAUGGAAGAUGCAGCAUUUGUCUCAGGUAAACAUUUAGAUUGUCACCUCGUUGAAGAACUUUGUUCAAAGGUGAGAAACCCUUGGACUCUUGCAGCCAAACGUGAAUUGGCCGACACCUUUCUUAACGAUGCUUUUGAUAUUGUUAGUAAUUUUGCUACUGAACUGGAAAAGGUUUUCAGUUGUGACGUAGUUAAGAAAUGUAUUGAAGAUAUCAGCGAUUUGAAGUAUAACGAAAUGAACAAUGUUACAAAAGAAGAGUAUGACAGUUUCCUGCUCGUUGAAUUAGGUGCAAAUGUCACUCAAAUGAACGAUAGUAAAAGUUUAGCCAGACAGGUUAUAAACAACCAAGAAGAACAUUUGGAGACGCUCUUUAGUCAACCAAGUGAUCGACAGCCCCAACUAAAAAGCUGCACCCCUGUAAAACCAGAAACAUUCAUUGGUCGUGACGCUAAAGUAAGGGAAAUAAUCACUUCCUUGGUGAAGAACAGUUGUGGAAUUGUUUCCAUUGUCGGUGGACCAGGCUUUGGCAAGAGCACUGUUGCAGUUGAAGUCUCUCAUCACUUAAUCAAUGAGCAUGACAUUGUCGUUAUUUUUUCGUUCCUGUCACAUGCAUCAACUGUUCCGGAAGUAAUAACAUGUCUCUGCCAUGACGUUGGCGUUAUUCCUGGAAAAGAUCCUAAAUCAUCGUUGAUGUUGUGGUUGAAGAGUAUUGAGAGAAAAGUUGUCCUUGUCAUGGACAACAUUGAGCAGUUGCUUGAAAAGGGUGUGAAAUCUAAGUUCAUUGAAUUGGUGCGUAACCUCCGCAAAAAUUCACAGCAACAUUUGCAUAUUCUAACGACGACAAGAACCGAGUUUUCAGUUUCGGGCCAAACCAUCGAAAACCAUAAAAUAGGGGAAUUGGAUGAAAUAGCUAGUGUAGAACUUUUAAAGAAAUGUUGCCCCACUCAGGUUGAAAAUGCAGAUUUGUCUGAAUUGGCGAAGCUGUGUGGUUUUGUUCCUCUCGCCUUGUGUAUUGCAGGAACAGUAAUUCCAGAUCUUGAUCAUCCUUCUGAGAUGAUAGAGUGGUUACGCGAGAAGCCAAUGGAAGCGCUAAGGAGCCCCGAUCAAUGCGUUCAUCAAGCUAUCGAGUUUUCUUUUCAGAAGUUAAGUGAUGAAGAUCAGAAAUCCUUGGUUUGCCUUUCGGUGUUUAAUGGGGAUUUCGAAAGGAGUUCUGCGAAGGAGGUAAUUCAGAGAAACCGAUUUAAAACACCCGCAUUUUUGAGAAAUCUUGUUAGUCGAAGUUUAUUACAGGUUAGUAGUGAUAAGCGCUUCGUGGUUCAUUCCCUCAUCCGACGGUUUCUUGAUGAUCAUGAACAAUUUCAAGAUAAAAAGGCAAUGGCACAAGAAUUGAUGGUAAAGCAUUUCCUGAAGGAGUGUCAUUCGUGGACCUUGGAUUGUUAUUCCUACGACGGAUUUACUCGCGCAAGGGAAUCGCUGAAAAAAGACGUCCACAAUGUUGAGGAAACUUUUAAGAUCUGCAGUCAAUGUUUAAACUCGAACAUCCAUGAAUUAUUGGCAAGUAGUGAUAUUUACAAGUUUUCAUACAGAUUCUUUCACAACUUCAGUUGGGAUCUUCUUUCAGAAGCGAUUUUAAGGAAUUUCUUCGUAUCUUGUACUAAACUGGCCCAAAGUCGAGAUCAACCGGCUACUGAGAUCAUAUUUCAAUGUUUGGUAGCUGCUGAAGAAGGUCGUAGAUCUGCGUGGAAGUCAGCCGAAUACAUCAAGCAAAUUAAGGAUAUCGAGAAAGCAUUUCACAAAAAUAAAGCAGUAUUAAAAGAAGAUAGAUUCGUAUUCAUGUUUUGUUACCAAUUACUUGCCCGGUAUUACCUUAACGAGGUACCAGAUAGUGUACCUACUGAUUUCACGGAAGACGAUCUGCCUUCUCUGCCGGAGAACACAAUCCUCGGUCCUAUGGAGAAAGUGACCGAGGCAUAUAUUUUAAUGAGACGGGGGAGUCUAAUCAAAAUGCGUGCAAAUAAAAUGGCCUAUGACAAAGAAAAGAAAAAAGAGUUAUUGAACUGCGCAGACUUAUUUUACAAUCAAUCCAUAACUUUAGCGAAAGAGGUGCUGGGUGAUCACGAAUUAACUUGCGCUCUUUAUAAACACUUAGGAGAUCUAUGUUUUAACUGUCAUAGAAACGACGAGGCAUUGUCAUAUUAUACCGAUGCCAUAAAUCUACACAAGAAAUUAAAGCUUGAUUCCAAUGAACAGUUUGUGAUGUUGCUUAAGAAUUUCGGAGCGUGCCUUUUGUUUCUUCGUCGCUUUGAUGAAUCGGUGGAAACGCUGAAGGAAGCUUGCGACAUAGCUGACAAGAUCGAGAAUACUCGUUGUCGAGCCCAGGUUUAUUGUCAGUUAGCAAGAACGUAUAGUAAAAUGAAACCUGAUUCCCAAGAAGCAGCGUUCUUUGCAAAAGAGGCGAUGAAGAUGCAAAAAUUGUUGUAUCAACGCGACGUGAAAUCUAUGGUAAAUAUUAUUGAAAGAGCAGAGAAAUAUGUGGAAAUAGAAAGUAUCAUCAAGCCAGUAAUAGAUAUCAUCAACGUUGAAGGAAAUUGUCAACAGUCACGACUAAAAAGCUGCAUUCCCAACAGACCACAAAUAUUUAUUGGCCGUGAAGCUGAAGUGAAGGAAAUAAUAUCUGCCUUGGUUGAGAAUGACUGUGGAAUUGUCUCUAUUGUUGGUGGACCCGGCUUUGGCAAAACUGCUGUUGCGAUUGAAGUUUCUUAUCACUUAAGCAAUGAACAUGAUAUUGCCGUCAUUUUCUCAUCCCUGUCAAAUGCAUCAAACGUUUCUCAAGUAAGACAACGUCUAUGUCAUGACAUUGGCUUAAAUCCUGGAAAAGAUCCAGGGGCCCCGUUGAUGUUUUGGUUAAAGAAUAUUAAGACGAAAGUCGUCCUUGUAAUGGACAAUGUUGAGCAGCUGGUUGAAAGUGAUGUGAAAUCUCAGUUUCAUGAAUUAUUGCUUACCCUUCGCAGGAAUUCACACCACCAUCUUCACAUUCUAACAACGACAAGAACUGAACUCGUAAUUCCUGAACAACCGCCAGUAAACUAUCUAAUGAAAAAGUUAGAUGAAAACUCCAGUAUCGAACUUUUGAAAAAGUGUUGCCCCAAGGAGGAUGUUGAGGACGCAUACUUCCCUGAAUUAACUGAGCUUUGUGGCUUUGUUCCUCUCGCUUUAAGCAUCGCAGGAGCGAUAAUUCUAGAUCAUAAUGAUCUAUUAGAGAUUAAAUCCAAUCAUAAUCUUCGACUGAUUAUCGAAGUCUCUUUUCAGAAGUUGUGCGAGAAAGAUCGGAAAGCGUUGGUUUGUCUUUCAGUGUUCGAUGGGAAUUUCGAGACAAAUUCGGCAAAAGAAGUAAUCGAGAGAAGUGAGGCGGAAACUCUCGAACUCUUGGUAUAUUUAGUCAGUCGAGGCUUUAUUCAAGAUGUUAACGAUCAGCGCUUUGUGAUUCAUUCGUUCAUCCGACGGUUUUUAUCUUUUCAAGACCAAUUUCGAGAUGAAAAGAUAGGUGCACAAGAAUUGAUGGUUCGAUAUUUUCUAAAGUUGUGCCAUUCGUUAACGAUGGAAUGCUUUUCUUACGACGGAUACACUCGUGCCAGGGAUGCACUAAAGAAGGAUGUCCACAAUAUCGAGGAAACGCUAAGAAUCUGCACCCAAAAUGAAACGACGAGUUUGAAUCCAAACAUCCUUGAUCUGUUAGUAUGUAGUGAUAUUUACAAGUCCAUGUGCAGGUUUUUCCAUAGAAUUACUUGGGAUCUUGUGUCUGGAAUGGUUUCAAGGAAUUUCUUUGAAGCGUGUAUUAAACUGGCCGAAGAUCGAGGGCAGCCGGUUAUUGCGAUCACAUUUCAAUGCCUGGUAGCUGACCAAGAAGGUCAUAGAUCGGCCUGGAAGUCUCCUGAAUAUUUCGAGAGAUUAGACGGCAUCGCUGUAGCGUUACAUGAAAGUCAUAUAGUACAGAAAGAGGACAGGUUCUUUUUGAUGUUUUGCUACUCUAUUUUCCCCCGGUUUGACUCUGAUAAAGCAAAAUAUACAGCCCCUCCUGAUCUUCCGGAAGACGUUAAUUCCACGUUACAUGAAAACGUGUUAGAAAGUCCUAUCGCGAAAGCAGCCGAAGUAUAUUUCCUGAUGGAGCGUCGAAAUUUGAAAAAGAAGCUUGUAUCCAAUGAAGACAAAAAGCGCAACUCUGAAUACAUGAACAGUGUAGAAUUAUUUUACAACCAAGCUUUUUCGUUAGCCAAAGACCAUUUUGGUGACCACGAAUUAACAUGCGUUCUCCAAAAACUGUUAGGAGACUUGUAUUUAAACUCGCGCAAGAACAAAGAAGCAAUGAAGUAUUAUUCUGACGCAUUAUUACUGCGCAAGAAACUGAAAUUGGAUUCUAUCGAGCCCUUUGCGUUCUUGCUCAAGAAUUGUGGCAUGUGUCUUUCUUAUCUUGGUCGUUUUGACGAAUCAGUGGCAACGUUGAAGAAAGCUCGUGACAUCGCUGGAAAGAACACCUAUUGUAGGGCGAUGGUGAAUUUUGCGUUAGCGAAAACACAUCAAAACAGGAAAUCUGAUUGCCAAGAAGCCAUAGGAUAUGCUAAAGAGGCAUUAGAGAUGCAGAAAUUGCUGGAUCCGCAUAAAGUAAAAGGAUUGGAAAGCAUUCGUCAAGGUGAAGAAAAAAUACGGCGUGAUAAUCUCGAUCAAUCUUCUAGUUCUAACCGCUAA